AUGACAAGGCGCUGCAUGCUCGCUAGGCCAGGUUUCCCCUCAUCCCCAGCCCCGGGGUCGUCGCCCCCGCGCUGCCAUCAGAGACCCGGUAGUACCGCUCCUGCUGCAGCGGGAAAGAGGACAGAGAGUCCUGGGGACAGGAAGCAGUCAAUUAUAGAUUUCUUCAAACCAACUUCAAAACCAGACAGACAUAUGUUGGAUUCUCCACAAAAGUCAAACAUCAAGUAUGGAGAAAGUGGUUUAUCCAUCACUGGGACAGAGCAGUUUGAAAGGAAACUAUCCUCGCCAAAAAUAUCUAAACCCAAAAAGCUGUCAUCAGAAAAAAGCUCUAUUUUAGAGGCUUUAAUGAAAGGUGUUAAAGAGCACCAUAAAGAUCAUGGUGUACAUGAGUCAUAUCGGCCUUGUGUGUCACUAACCACCAAAUGUCCAAAGACACUUACAAAGACUGUCUAUGUUCCUCCUUCAUGUCACCUGUCUAAAGAGAUGAAGACACUAAAGAAAAAACAUCGAUCUCCAGAGAGAAGAAAGUCACUGUACACUCAUGAAAAUAGCAGGGAGAAGAAUGAUAGAGAUCGAGGCAAGACCAAUGCAGAUUCCAAAAAGCAGACCACAGUGACAGAAACUGACAUCUUCAAGAACACCACCAGAAGUCUUAGCAGCAGAAGCAGCCUAUCCAGGCAUCACUCAGGAGAAAGUCCACUUGGAGCUAAGUUCCAGUUGUCACUAGCUUCUUACUGCAAAGAAAGAGAACUAAAGAAAUUAAGAAGGGAGCAAAUGGAACAGAGAAUCAACUCAGAAAAUUCUUUCUCAGAAGCAAACAGUCUUUCCUUAAAAUCGUCUAGUAUAGAAAGAAAUUACCAACCAAGGCAGGAACAAAGUAAACAGAAUGAUGUCAGACCUGGGAAGAGUAAUCUUUCAAACAUGGAAAAUGGACAUCUCUCAAGAAAAAGAUCAUCUUCUGAUUCAUGGAACUCUGCUUCAGCAGGCUCUAAGCAGAAUAAAUUCCCUGACAAAAGAAAAAGGAACUCUGUGGACUCAGAUCUGAAAAGCACAAGAGAAUCUAUAAUGCCAAAAGCAAAAGAGUCCUUCCUUGAGAAGCGUCCUGAUGGACCACAUAAGAAAGAGAAAUUUAUAAAACACAUUGCACUGAAGACACCUGGUGAUGUAUUGCGCUUGGAAGAUAUAGCCAAGGAACCGAACGAAGAAGCUGACCGCUCCACUGCAGGCUUGGCACCUUCACAUUCUGGCCACCAUUCUUCAAGGAAUAGUGACCAAGUCCGUGUGGCAAGUACCAAAGAGACUAAGAUGCAGAAACCCCACUUACCUUUACCUCAGGAAAAGUCUACAGUUAAAAAGGCUAGCAACCUUCAGAAAAAUAAAACUGCUAGCUCCGUGGCAUCAAAGGAGACAAAACUUUUACCUUUACUUUCCCAUGACCCGAGUGCUGGUUCCUCUCGGACACCAUUAAAUUCUAAAAAAGAUAAAGAACGUUCUUCAUCUAAAGAAUGUUCUGGGCAUUCUACAGAGUCCUCCAAACACAAGGAACACAAAGCAAAGACUAAUAAGGCUGAUUCUCAUGUACCUUCAGGGAAAAUUUCAGGGGGAUCUUUGCAUUCAGAAUAUGGCACUCCUACAAAGUCUCCCCCGGCUGCUUUGGAAGUUGUGCCAUGUCUCCCAGCACCUUCAGAUAAAGCCCCUUCAGAUAAAGAGAGUUCAGGAAAUUCUAAUGCAGGUAGCAAUGCACUGAAAAGAAAACUAAGGGGUGGUUUUGAUAGUGAUGAAGAAAGUUUAGGCUACAACCUAGACAGUGAUGAGGAAGAGGAAACAUUAAAAUCCCUGGAAGAAAUAAUGGCUCUGAACUUCAGUCGAACUACAUCUUCUGGAAAGCCUCCUGCUCUUUCCAAGGGGCUUGGAUCUCAGUCAUCAGACUAUACAGGACAUGUUCAUAGUGGAACUUAUACAAAUACUCUAGAGCGUCUAGUGAAGGAAAUGGAAGACACACAAAGGCUAGAUGAACUACAGAAGCAACUACAGGAAGACAUUAGGCAGGGCCGAGGCAUUAAAUCCCCAAUCAGAAUUGGAGAUCAAGACAGUACCGAUGAUGAGGAUGGCCUCUUAGAAGAGCACAGGGAAUUUCUAAAGAAAUUUUCAAUUACAAUUGAUGCUAUUCCUGAUCAUCAUCCAGGUGAAGAAAUAUUUAAUUUACUCAAUUCCGGAAAAAUUUUCAAUCAGUAUACCUUGGAUUUAAGAGACUCUGGUUUUAUUGGACAAAAUGCUGCAGAAAAGCUUAUUCUUAAAUCAGGAAAAACCGAUCAGAUUUUUUUGACGACACAAGGCUUUCUUACUUCUGCUUAUCACUAUGUCCAGUGUCCUGUACCUGUGUUAAAGUGGCUGUUUCGGAUGAUGUCAGUUCAUACAGACUGUAUUGUGUCCGUGCAGAUUUUAAGUACAUUGAUGGAAAUAACAAUUAGAAAUGAUACCUUCAGUGAUUCACCAGUUUGGCCUUGGAUCCCAUCAUUGUCUGAUAUAGCAGCUGUGUUUUUCAAUAUGGGAAUUGAUUUUAGAUUUUUGUUUCCUCUGGAGAAACUUCAGCCAGACUUUAAUGAAGACAAUCUAGUUUCUGAAACACAAAUGACAUUGGGGGGGAAAGGAAGUGAAGAUUCAUCUUGUAAGCCGAUUUUUUCAACUCUUCCUGAAACCAACAUUUUAAAUGUAGUUAAGUUUCUAGGCUUAUGUACAUCAAUACAUCCAGAAGGUUACCAGGAUCACGAAAUAAUGUUGCUGAUUUUAAUGUUAUUUAAAAUGAGUUUGGAAAAACAGCUAAAGCAGAUUCCUCUAGUGGAUUUUCAAAGUCUCCUGAUAAACCUGAUGAAAAACAUCAGAGAUUGGAACACAAAGAUGCCUGAACUCUGUUUGGCCAUUAAUGAACUCUCCAGUCAUCCCCACAACCUUCUGUGGUUGGUACAGCUGGUCCCUAACUGGACAUCCCAUGGAAGGCAACUGAGACAGUGCCUCAGCCUAGUGAUUAUUUCAAAGCUUUUGGAUGAGAAAUGUGAAGAUAUCCCUAACGCCAAUAAUCUGCAGAUAUCAGUCCUACAUCGGUAUCUUGUACAAAUGAAGCCUUCUGAUUUAUUGAAGAAAAUGGUCUUGAAGAAAAGGGCUGAACAACCAAAUGGCACCAUUGAUGACAGUCUUCAUUUGGAACUUGAAAAGCAGGCAUAUUACCUGACCUACAUUCUUCUUCAUUUAGUUGGUGAAGUUAGUUGUUCCCAUACUUUUCCUUCUGAUCAACGGAAACACUUUGUGCACCUCUGUGGGGCUUUGGAAAAGCAUGUUAAGUGUGAUAUUAGGGAAGAUGCAAGACUGUUUUAUAGAACUAAGGUAAAAGACUUGGUUGCCAGGAUACAUGGAAAAUGGCAGGAAAUUAUCCAGAACUGUCGUCCUACUCAGGGGCAACUUCAUGAUUUCUGGGUUCCAGAUUCUUAA